AUGCCCACGAUCCCGCACUACGUACCCAUGGCCGGCGUCGCCGUUUCCCAGCCUUACCCGCGACAACACCAGCAAUCACCUGCCCUCGCCACCCCCUAUCAGCCGCCUCCCAUCCCAGGCUCGGUCCUCCCGCAAACACCUACCUCUACCCAGUCGUCUCACACCCUUCCGGGCGACACUCCCUUGGUGGUUGCUUCUCCGUCUCCUGCCGCCGUCCCACAAGCCGACCAAGCUCUUCCCCCACAACAACCUCCUCCCGUGCCCGUUGCGGAAGUCGAGCCCGUGGCACAGCAGGAGCCGGAGCCGGAGCCACAGCAGGAGCCACAGCAGGAGCCAGAACCCGAGUUGGUUUCUCAGCCUUCGGCCCCUUCGCCGCAACCAGCUGCUGAAGCUAUCACACCAGAAGUUCCGCCGACGCAGCCAUUUAGGCCACCGCUCCCAUGGCUCUCGCGACCAGACCAAGAGUUUCCCAAAAAGACUCGUUUUCGACGGAAACGACGGGCCCCGAUGGAUUCGGAACAGAAACGAGUGACCUUACCCACCGAGCAACAAGGACCUGCCACAGAGGGGAAUGCCCGAGAGACAAUGCAAAAAGAGGACGUUGAUGAUGCACAGUCAAUAACUACCUCGACUACAAGUACGGCCGCGAAUCCCUCAUCCACCCCAAAGUCGGACAACCCGGUCGAUUCCCCACCCGAAGCUACUACCACGGAAAAGGCGCCUGAGAAACGGGCCAAAGAAGUCACAGGACCCACUGCGAGUGCGUCGGGCGCAUCAGUGUCGGAGCCUGCAGGUCGAUCAAUAACACCACGCCCGGCCAUUCCGGUCGUGCCCGUUGUGCCGGCGGUGCCGAAGAGCAGCCCAAAGGCUGGGAGGGCGUCGGCUGCGGAGAAGGCCACAGACGAUUCCCGGGCGGCAGCAGUGCUCACCGAGGAGGCAACCAUUGCCACGCCGGCAAGCGGUGGCGCCACAGAUCAGCCGCAGCAAGAGGAGAAGGCUACCCCUAAGCCGGCGCCGCGACCACCCGUGUCGAGCUGGAGCGCCCUUUUUGCGAAACCCGGCGCCUCUGCUGCUUCAAAGUCUCAGACUUCCGCGGACGGAUCCCCCCACGAUCGCACUGCUAAUGGCGUGCAAUCUGCAAAUAGCGGCCAGGCGGCCAACGCGGACACGGCUCAGUCGCAGGCCGGCGCAAGCCCCAUCUCGGCUGCUCUCCGGGCGUACAAAGUCGGCAAUCCACAGAAGAUCAAGUUUAUUGAGCCUCGGGGCUUGAUCAAUAUUGGUAAUAUGUGUUAUAUGAAUUCUGUUCUUCAAGUUCUUCUUUAUUGUGUUCCAUUCUACGACUUUCUGGACCAAAUUGCUGAGAAGGUUCCCCUCAGCUUUAAAAGCCAGACCCCCAUUCUCGAUGCAAUGAUCCUCUUUAUGAAAGAAUUCCAGACAAUUGCUGCCGGAGACUCGGCGGCCAAACUGGGCAAGAUUUUGAAGAACGAGGAGUUGGAGCAAUAUGGGGCUUCUUUCACGCCCGAGUUCAUCUACCAGGCCAUUGAGCCUGACAAGAGAUUCGAGAAUAUGAGAAGAGGUCACCAGCAAGAUGCCGAGGAGUUUUUUGGCCUCCUUCUACAGUCGCUCGACGAGGAGUGCGCCAAGAUGAUGGGUGUGGCGGCGGCCAAUGGUGUGAAUGGGUCCUCAGCGUCGCCGACGGUGCCAAACACGUCCGCGGACGGUUGGCUCGAAGUUGGGGCCAAGCAGCGGGCGGCUGUGACACGGUCCUCGGGAGCCAGCUCAUCUACGCCCAUCUCCCAGAUUUUUGGGGGGUUGUUGCGGUCAGAACUCCGGGUGACGGGCAAGCAGAACUCGAUCACGACCGAACCGUACCAGGCACUGCAGCUCGACAUCGGGGCGCCGGAGAUCAAGACGGUUGUCGAUGCCCUGAUCAGACUCACAUCCCACGAGAAACUGGAAGGUGCUGGAUUCGACUCUCCGCGAGGCAAACAAGCAUCGGUCACCAAGCAGACGCUCAUCGAGACCCUACCGCCCAUAUUGAUCUUGCACCUAAAGAGAUUCCACUUCGAUGCCGAGGGAGGGACGACCAAGAUUUGGAAGAGGGUGGGAUAUCCCCUCGAGCUAGAGAUCCCGGCGCAAGCGCUCUCGAAGCAGUGGCACCUCCACAACGCCAAUAAGGGAGCGGGCGGGCCGAAGUACAAACUUGUCGCGGCUGUCUACCACCACGGCAAGCAUGCCAACGGCGGCCACUACACGGUCGACGUGAGGCGCCAAGACGAACAAGAGUGGAUCCGGCUGGACGACACGGUGAUCCGGCGGGUGCGCAGCGAGGACGUGGCCGAAGUAGGGGAAGAGGAGCCGGUCAAGGGCGCGAGCCAAGGGUCUGGGUCGCGGGACGCUUCGGCCAACCGCUUCGGCAGCAUCAACGACGAGGACACGGGCGACCGGGGCGAGUGGACGCCGGUGGACAAGACGAGCGGCAGCAAGAAGAACCGAUGGAGUAACGGGACCAGCGGGCCCGACGCGCAGCCGAGGGGUAAGCAACCCAAGGACAACAUCAAAGAUAAUAAGGUGGCCUACCUACUCUUCUACCAGCGGGUCUAG